AUGUAUCUUCAAACUUCUUCAUAUCAGAUACUUUCGAUGAUUGGUUAAGGAUCAGCACAUUAAGUGUUUAAAGCAAAAAAUAAUCUCACUUAAAAGGUAUUUGCACUUAAAAUGGAAAAAUACCCAAUGUAAGGUCAAAUAGAAGGCGAGAUUAAAAUCCUUAAAGAAUUAAAUAAGAUAGAAGGAAUUCCACAUUUGAUAGAACAUGGAAAGACUGCAGACAAUAAGUAUAAGUUAUUUAAUCAAUUUAGAGGAUUUCUUAUAAUGCCAUAACUAAAUUGUAGCUUACGGGAUUUAGUUAAAUCUUAACAAUUGUCUUUAUCUUCUAUAUUGGCUAUAGGAUUAAGUAUCAUUAAAACAUUAGAAUAAGUGCAUUUAAAAAAAAUCUUACAUCUUGAUAUUAAACCAGAUAAUAUAAUGAUUUCAAAAACAAUAGCAAAAAAUUCAAAGGAAUAAUUACUAAAGCCUGGAAUCAUCUAACUUAUUGAUUUUGGUCUAUCUCAAACUAUAGGUAAUUCUAAAUUCUUACAAAAUGUAUUUGUUGGUUCUUUAAAUUUUGCAAGCAGAGCAUCACAUAGAGGAGAGUAAUUAGGUUAUAAAGAUGAUUUAGAAAGCUUAUUUUAUGUUUUAGUCUAUAUGAGAAAUGGUAUUUAAGAUUAAUAACUUUAGGCAAAUUACCAUGGAGUUAAAAAGCUUCAAUGAAAUCUAAGGAUCUGGACAUCCAAUAAAUUGGAGACAUGAAGACUUCCCUCUUUAAUACAAUGACAUUAUCCAAGAAAUUUCCUUUAGAAUUUUCGAAAUUAAUGUCCUUAAUUGAUGAUCUAAAACAUGAUGAAAUGCCAGAAUACUCUUAAAUUAAGGGGUUAUUUAUUAAAAUGUUAUAAACAACCUCUCUAUCUUAAAUGAUGGACUAAUUCUUGAUUUAUUCACCUAACUAAUCUUAUAAUCAACUGGGAAAUUCGGAGACUAUUCAAAUUCCAGUUGAAAAACAAAAUUUUAAUAAUAAUUCCAUUGAGACGUAAAUUUAAGAAGAUGUAAUAGAUAUUGAAGCUAAAGUCUAACAUUUAUCUAAUUUCAUUGGAAAAUAUACUACUAUUUAAAUAAAAUCAAUUGUAGACAUAAAAUAUUGA